AUGGGGAGCAAGAACGUCCGUUUCUGGGCGCUUUGGACCCCAUAUCCAGCGAUUUUUCUCCAGUACCAAGUUAGUGAGGGCCGAACUAGUACUCAGGGGUCGGAUUCAGCUAUGGAUGGCAGCAGGGGUUACGACCGCCACAGCGAGGGCGACAGAUACCGCUGGGUGGCCAUCCCGGGUCCGUAUCUGUCCCAGCGCAGGCGAAAUCUGUACAGUGCCCUCCAGGCCAAUCGGAAAUCCCAGUUCGUCGCCCUGGGCCUCGUGCCGGACACCCUUGCCGUGCCACGCGGGUUCGUCCGGUUCGACAAAACCCGCGACUUUGACGCGGACCGGGUGGCGCGCUUCCACGAGCGGUGUGCGCACUUUAUCGUGGCCGGCUUCUCCGACAAGGUCCACCACCUCGCCGUCAAGGGCGUCGCCAUCGGCCGCGAGGGCAGGGUGUUCAGCCUCGACGAUGAGCUGAGGGACUCGUGGAUCUGGACGCUGGUCGCUACGUUUCGGAACAUCAAGAUGCUGUACGAGCUCAAGGAGCACUACCUCCACGACGCAGAGGACAAGACCUGGUGCGUCGCGGCCGGCAAGGUUCGUUCGGACGAGGCAGUGGAGGAGCUGUCGGUGGAGAUAUAUCGGCGCCCGUUGAGGAACAGGACCAUCUGGCCGGACCUGGUGAGCCACUACGAGUGGGCAAAGAGUCGCGUCUACCCACCACCUCGGGAUCUGGGGCGAACGGAUCCGGGCUUUGUGUGUUGA